AUGAUUAAGAGCUAAUCAAUGAUGAUCAGUAUUUGUACAAUCUUUCACUAUUUAAAACAGGAAUUUGAUAAACAUAAGAAACAUUAACAAAUUAAUAGAAAAAAGCUUUGUGAAAUACCCUAUGUUUCUAAAAUGGAAUAUUUAUGUUAUGUUGUCAAAGUAAUUGAAAUCUUCAAAGAAUUGAAAUUUCAUUUAAUAUAGUCAAACAGUAAUAUUAUUUACUAAUAGUUUAUUUAGCAAAUUCAACCUGUGAUUAUGAUAUUCCUAUGCAAAUCGUGGUCUAGCAUAAGAUCUAAACUUAAAAUAAUUUAGAAUUAGAGUUAAUGCCAGUUCCAAGAUUGUAGGGUUCAUCCAAGAGAUCUUUAGGAAGGAGACAGUAGUCUCUCUUAAUUUUGAAACUGAUAAUGAGAUUCUCUAUAAGAAACAAUAGGAGUUUUUGAAAAAAUACAAUUUAGAAAAUGUAUUACUUUUUGUUAAUUUAUUAGUGUGCAGGGAAUUUAUUGCAAAAUAGAAGGGAUCAUAUAGUUAAAUAUAAUAAGGGGGGAUUCACCGAAUUGCAUAGAAAUCAGGAUGAAAUAGUGGAGUCAAUUAUUGAAUAUUUAUAAUAAAACAUCAAAUGA